AUGCAGAGUCAGAGUAGAGAGAAUAGUGUAGGGUCACAGGAGCCCAGCUCCUGCUACGAGUCGGCCCUCACCGACCAUUACCAGGUGGUGAGGGAGCUUGGGGAGGGGGGCUUCAGCCAUGUGUUACUGGCCCGCCAUCUCCUCACAGGGGCAGAGGUGGCAGUGAAAGUGGUGUCCAAGGCACAGGGGAACGUGCCCGUCCUCUCCGAAUCGGAGAGGUUGAUGGCCCUGGAUCACCGCAACGUUAUCCAGCUCUUCCAGGUAAUGGAGAGCCCGAGCACCGUCUACAUGGUCAUGGAGCACGCAGAUGGGGGAGACCUAUGGCACUACAUCCCUGAGGUCGGUGGCCUGCAGGAGGACCAAGCCCGCCCGGUGUUCAGGCAGAUCGUGUGCGCCGUGCGCCACUGCCACGACAGGGGCAUAGUGCACCUGGACCUGAAGCCCGACAACGUGGUGGUGGACAUCAGGGCCGGCAGUGUCAAGCUCAUUGACUUUGGCCUGGGCGCUACCUUCACGCCUGGGCAGAAGCUCAACGGCUUCUGGGGCACUGUCCCAUACCGUGCCCCUGAAAUCGUGCAGCAUCAAGAAUAUGAGGGUCCCCCUGCAGACGUCUGGAGCCUGGGGGUUACCCUGUUUCUCAUGCUCACUGGGAGACGCCCAUUUAAGGCCAGAGUCGCCAACUGCCUGCAGGACGUCCUCAUGCAGGCCAGCUACCACCUUCCCAGGUACCUUUCCCAGGACGCCUGCAGCCUCAUCCGGCAGAUGCUGAGGCUGGACCCCAGGCAGAGGGCCACCCUGGAGCAGGUAAUGGGGCACCCGUGGCUGAGCCAGGGCAGGGAACCCUCGCCCAAUCCUUGCAGUGACCCACACCCCAGACACCCAGACCCCGCCAUCAUGACCAUCAUGUUCGACAUGGGUUACGACCCCUACCACACCUGGGUGUCCUUGGACCAGCGGAAAUACAAUGAGGCCAUGGCCACCUACCUUAUCCUCCAGCACCAGAGAACCCAGGCCGCGGCGGGGUGGGCGCUCCAGGCGAGGCCUGUGCGCAGAAGGGUGGUGGGGCCUCGCCCAGGCCCCGCGGAUGCCCCCGGCCUGCGCCCCAGCAAGUGGUGCACCAGCGAGCCUGCCCAUCCAGUGCCCUGGGAGCACCAGCCACCAGAGGAGGCCAGGCAGGCAGGGCACAGGGGCGCGGUCAGUGCCAGCAUGCCCGCCAUCCCUCUGCGGUUCUUCCACGUGGGCACAGCCUCUCCCAGCCCAGCCUCCCGAGGCGACCCUGUGCCCCGCGGGCCCCAAGACCCCAGGCCCAGCCCAUGGAGGGUCCUCUGCGGGUGUGUGGCAGAAGGCCCCAGCUCCUCCUCCCAGGGGUCCUCAGGCCAAUCCGCUAACAGCGGCAGGGGUUGGAGGGGGGUCACCAGGAGGAUCGCCACCUGCCUCCAGCAACUGUGCUGCUGCUUGCCCUGCUUCCGCGGACCCGGCUCCCGAAGAAGAGCGGCACCCGUGCAGGGAGGCCACAGGAGCCCUAGGUUCCAAAACAGAGUGGCCCCAGUGGACGCGCCCUGA